AUGUCUGCUUCAGCGAAAAGAAUGCUUUCAGCUUCAGUGCUGGAGAUGGAAGUGUUUCCCAUGUUUCCUAACCAUGGUGAAGUAAGCCUUGAAGAUGUCAAUGCCCUGAUGCAUACAAAGAGAUACUUGGAAGGCAAAAGGGAGACACCACCACCCAAAAUUGAAUUUGUGGUCACUCUCCAGAUUGAGGAGCCCAAGGUGGGUAGAAAUUUAUUUACCAUAACCAUGCGCCACAGCCACCCCUCCGUAGCCCUCCAGCUGUUUGGGUGGUCAUCGGCACUUGACAGACACCAGCAGCUACUCCUCAAUAAAAGCCUCACUUCUUACAGAGAGAUGUUUGAUCCAAGGGAGAUCCAUGUGUGUGCAGCAAUCCAAUGGAUCCAGGACAACAGCGCAUCCUACACCCUGAACAAAAAGCUGAUGUAUGAACUGUCUGCCCAGGUAAAGCCAGUCAAGAACACUUUGCUCUGAACGUGGGUCUACUGCCACUAGGCAUAUCAGCAGGACCUAAGGAAAAAGAUUUUGGACAUUGGGAAAAAAUUAGAUGUGACUGACUAGGCUCUGCAUGCAGGACAGCCUGGUAUUAUCUGUGCAGAGGGCUUCAAGGAAUGCUGUGAGGAAUCCUGGCACACAAUUAGGCAUCCCAAAUGGAAACACAUUUCCUGCAAGCACGUGGACUGUACAGAAACUGACAGGAAUGGGGAAGACCUACACCUUUUCCAUUCUUUUGAAGCCUUACUCCUCGAGGCUCAUGAUGACUAUGGAUUAAUGAAUGACUAUCACAUGAAUCUGGGUUAGUUCUUAGAAUUUCUCAAAAAGCAUAAAGUGAGCAUGUUUUCAGGUAUUUGGUAUGGAAAGCAAAAAGUCCAGAAUCCUAAAAGGCUACUAAGAAGCCUGCCUAUACCUGUAAUUUCACUAAACCAGUCUUUCUGUUAA